CAAAAGGGAAGGCAGAGCACUUCAAAUGACGACUGAUGGUGCAACCAGAUCUGCUUCAACAUUACACCCUUCACCGUCGUCAACCUCUGCACAAUCGAUGAACUCUACGUCGUCGCAAACGCCACUAAACCGACAAGCGGACGAUGGUGGCGAAUCGAGCAGCAGAAGAGCAAUUCCAGAAGAGAACACUACUUAUUUUUUAUUAGAUAUAAACGACGGCGAUAAUAACAAUAACAAUAUUGUUAAAGACAAUAAUGACGUCGAUUGUGACGACGCUACUGCCAAUGAUGCUGAACAAUUGCAACAGCAACAACGACGACGGCGUGGACGAUCUGGCAGUAACUCUCGGCGGUCAGUAACGAGAAGCACCAGUUGUAGUAGUAGUAGUAGCAGCUCUUCCUCAGGUUCGAGCGUCUCAGCACAAGUGGUUAUCGAUCACGGCAAUUCUUUACCACGACGAUUGGAUAAACGAAUCGCACGCCGAUUAGUACGAUCAGACAAUGAGGAAUCUGAAAGUGACUAUGCCUACAGUUAUACACCACGUCCAGAAGCGGGUGGAGCGGAAGAAAAUGUCACACAUCCAUGUUCACAAGGAGAAGACGCGGAAGGAGCAACACAACCUGUAUCGCCGACGGAUCGAGAGGAUGAUGGUAUCCACCACCACCACCACCGUCAGCAUCAUCAUCAUCACCACCAUCAGCGCAAACUUGACAACUCCACGCACGAAGGCAAGCCGCCCCAAGGCAUGACUGUGUAUACGGAGGAAGAUGAUGAGUUGAUGGAAGAGGUGCCUAGCUGGGGUGAUCACGAACGGAUACGACGGCAUGAAGAAGAUGAAGAAGAAGGGUUGCAGGAAAAUAGCCCCUAUGACGGUGGAGACGAAGGCCGUGCACAACGACAUCAUCAUCAACGGAAACCAAAGAAACGGAUUAAUCGGCUUCGCCAAGAAGAUCUACACUCACAUUCAUGGAGUCGUCGAGAAAGCCAACAAAAUGUUCGACGAUCCGGUUUGACGAGCGAAGAGGCAUUACAGAAACUGCUGUUUGUUGCAAACCAGAUAUUGGAAGAAAAGCGAACCCAAAUUGCCAAGAAAAUAUCUGUGAUGGACUGGCUGCUUCGCCCGUGGACCCUACUUGGGCUACUAACGGGUUUCGCACUCUUGGUUUUCUAUAUUGCCGGAUACUUCGUGAGCGAUCCAUAUCAGUUCCGGCUGACAGGUGCACUUGUAGAAUCCCUGCUUGUAUUGGCCAUGGUAGGCUGGAACGGAUUCCUGUACCAGCGCGAACAAAAGAUGACCUUGUACGAGAUGAUAAAUCGAGCAACGACUAUUAUCGAAGCAUUGGAUCGCAGUGGCAUGAAUAUGGUGCAGGAUACGCGGAUACCUUUUAUUCCUAAUAUGUCGGUAGCGAGGGUAGUCCGUGACGGUGUCGUGCGUAUAUUCCCCGUAAAUCUGCUGGUCGAGGGCGAUGUCGUUGAAAUGCUCUAUGGAGACGUCGCACCGGGUCGCAUGAAGUACAUUCACAAACCUGGCGGUUCCGUGAACGAUUCGGACAGCCAACAGCAACAACAACACGCCGAAAUAUCGUCCAAAGAAGAAGGAUACCCAUUACAAACAAGAGAAUACUACUUGGCUAAAGACCAGAUCUUCAAAUCGUCGUUUUUCGGUAUACCACCACCCAUGGGUCUUAUGGACGAAUAUUUGCGAGCACGCGGACGACAUCAAUUUCUGCUGUUGGAGACGCCGCUCGAAAAGAACAUGCGCACGGCACUUGUUCAAAAGCGUCCGGACACAGUUCUGACAGAAGAAGCUCGCAAGCUUGAACGUGUAUUUUAUCACUAUAUCGUUUGGAUUGUGAUUGGCAUUGAAUUUGUUAUCAACCUGCUUCGAUUUGGACUCAGGGACAAACUCGUCAAUGGCUUUGCUACAGAUCAGUUGCUCGAAUUGAUGACCGUUAUUCCAUUCUACUCGAUCUUACCGCUGUUGCCGUUUUGUCUUCCAAGCUUGUGGCUGGUUGCUAGAAGUUUUGGGAAUGCUCAGCUGCUGAUCUUGUUUGAGGCGCUUCAGAUAUCCAAGACCGAGUAUGAGGAUGAUGAUGAAGACGACGAGUUUGAUACAGAGGCACCACCUCCAACAAAAGAUGUCGAAUUGAGUCCCAAUGUUGUAUGGGAUCGAUUUUGCUCGCUUUUGAUCAAACGAGAUCGACUGUCGCUAACAAGAUCAAUCAAUUUGUUGGAGUCGCUCGGAAGCACUACAGUCAUCUGUUGUUUGGAUAGAGAAGGAACCAUUGCAAACCCUUUUCCUACCGUAGAGCAACUGAUGUUUCCUGACAAAGAAGAUAUACGCUAUCUGGACGUAACGGAGGAUUCGGAUGAGGAAUAUGGACUCAAGUUUGAGGACCAAGACUGGGAGCAAUAUCUUGCCUCUUUAAAACCAGUAGGGUUGAAUUUUAUGUUGAAUACCAACUGUGGUGUGCUCCAGGGAAGGAAACGAUCAGAGUAUCAUCGUCGUCGCUCGAAACUGCACGUCUAUGGUCGAACUUCACCAGCACGACAGACCUGUUUAUGUCGACUGGGCAAGUGCAUUGGUUUUAAAGAAGAAGCACUUGAUUCGUUCGCACUGAGAGCUGAAAUCUAUACAUUUGCUCCAUAUCAUGAAAUGCUCAGUGCAGCACGCUACGAGUACAGUCAAUAUUAUCAGUUCGAAGUGCCCAAUGCAUUAUCUACUGUUUUCGAAGAAAAGACUUCAGGAAGCUACCAGCUUUUGACAGAUGGACAUCCUUCACUUGUGCUAGACAAGUGUUCUGAUUACUGGGACGGCAAUGGCUUACAGACCAUGUGCCAUACGAUGGAGAAAAAAGUUAGCGACUUUUUCCAAAAUGCCAUGGUACACGACAUGCAAUGUAUUGCUUAUGCCUAUCGCCCAAUCAACACGACGCACGGACACCGUAUCCCAUUUCUGAACCCUAUUGUUGAAGAUGCCGAAGAGCCCGGCUGUGCGUUCGUGGUCUUACCUUUUAAACCACCUAGCUCAGAUAGUUCGAGUACAGCAAGCAGCAGCAGCAGCAGUAGUAGUAGUCAAAAUAGUGUAAACGAAACGGCACCACAGACUGGAUCGCCAUCACUAUCGUUUACUGGCAUACCGUUAUCGAUUGAAAGUGGUGCGGAGGCAGAGCCAUCAUCAUUGCCAAAAAAACACCGACGCCGUUCCUCCAAAACUACAGCGGAAUCUUCAGGCAGUGAAAGUACAAGCGAUUACUCGUUUGAAGAAGAUGAGCCUGUGGACGAGCAGGAAGAGGAAAUGUUUUACAAGGAAGUUGUCAAAGGCCAGAUUUUCUUGGGAAUGACAGCCAUGUGCCAUCAACCGAAACAAAAUGUUGUGGACUUUAUCGAGGAUUUGGGUCUAGCAGGGAUUCGUUUCGUCAACUUUUCUCCUACGGCAGAACGCGAAUCGAAAGCAUUUGCCGAGAGAUUGGGACUUGAAACCGACUGGAACAGCUGCAUACUGCUCUCAAGUCCUGACGAUGAAAACUGCGGCAAUGGAUACCUUCAGUCGCACGACAUUAAAGCCCAGCUUCCGCGAGGUAUCGACCAGAUCCGACAUCAUCUUGAAGAUGUGGAUGAUAUUCCGCUUCAUGUCUCGCUGUUUGCAGAGUGUACGCCCCGAGCAAUCAAGGAGAUGAUCCGUAUUUUCCAAGAGUAUGGCGAAGUGGUAUGCUGUAUUGGCAACGCAUUGAACGCAAAAAACACGGAAUCGUUUGCAUUGGCGGACAUGAGUAUUGCCAUGGAACCCAUGCACACCCGCGCUCAAACCAAAGGACGUUUAUCACUGAGUGGACGACAGCCGCCCUUGGCCGUAGGUGCUUCCCUGGUCAGUCUCCCGUGUGGACUUUUCAUGCAAUAUGAAACAAGCUUGUACGCCGUAACACAAAUGAUUCGUGAUGCACGAAGAUUGAUGAGCUGUAUUAGAAUGGGAUUCGCAUUCUAUGUAGGCACCUGCAUGUCGCUGACGUUGAUGCAAAUUUUGUGCUCUUGCAUGUUACUACCGUCGCCAAUAACCGGCUACCAAAUUUUGUGGAUCAUGUGGAUCAUCUUGCCAAUUCUUUCCUUAUCGAUGCUAUUUACCCCGCACGAUGACAACAUUAUGCUCCUGAUGCCUGGUAAAAACAUCGAGCAUUUGACUGGCCUUGUACGUUUCAUGGUCUAUUUCUUGCUACGUUUUUUACCGCUCAUAAUAAUAUGUAUAAUUAUUUACACCAUGACACUUAUUUAUUCUCUGGGCAUCCCUGCAUCACAAGCGUUCGGAGGUCUAGGCAGCAGUGAUCGAGGAGGAUGGUUGCAUUGGACGCGCGAAGAACAGUGGGCAGUCCUGUAUGCCCAGAACUUGAUGCUUAUUUCCUUCGUCUGGUGCUUAGCGUGGAUGUCUCCAUCCUUCUUGCACCGCACAUUCUCGCUCUACCACUCGAUACCUUUCAAAAACAAGGUAUGGGUAGGUGCAUUCUUCAUAGUGAUCGCACUACAGUUUGUCUUUUGUGCCGUCUCGCUUGUGCAUGGCCCUUUCCAACUGGCAUCCAUUCCUUGGUAUGUCUAUUUUCUUGGGCUCAUUUGGCCUGUCAUUGCAGUGCCUGUACAGGAGCUCGUCAAGAUGCAUGACGACAAGGAGUUUACCAGGUUCCAGAAACGAUCCAAGCUGGAGUUCAGUACAAAGCUUGGCAUGCAUUCGCCACUUUAAAAAGUCUAUAGUUUUAAUUGCCACCUUAAUAAAUUUUGCACUCAUUUUUACCCCACACCAAGAGAAUGGUA